UUAAUUUAUCAAAAUAAUGUCUGUUUAUUCGGAAGAGAAUUAUUCAUAUUUAAUACAAUUUAAAUUGUUCACAGGGAUAAACCGAUACAAGUAGUUAUGAGUAUUCGGUACUUCGCUUUGAUAUCGAGUACUUUUCACCGAUACUCUUGACUUCGAUCGAUCUCAGUGAAAAGUACUCGUAUGAAAUUGGAUAGACAUAAUAAGAAGGUACUUGCGAAUACUCAAUGCAUAUCGAUACUUCUUCUACGAUACUGAAUUAUAUAUCGAUACUUUUUUUCCCCGCAAGUAAUAAAUAAAGGUAUCGAUAUUUUGUUGGUGUUCAUCCCUAAUUACUUAUAAUACCAAUUCAACUUAAUAACUACACAUAAUUUACUCGAUGUCCCAACUAAAUUAAUGCACAUAAUUUAUUUAUUGUCCAAACUUAAUUACUAUGCAUCAUUUAUUUAAUGUCUCAACUUAAUUAUAACACAUUUUCCCAGCACACCCUAGUCACUCUAGCUUACUUCGGUUAACGCGCGAUCAAAUAAUAUUUUAAAUGCAAUGCACUUUUAACCUUCAUGAUACUUUCACCCCCAAAUUAAUUUAUAUUAAUUAUCAUUUAGACACGUACGUAAGUUUAUUAGUGUUUCAGCCGGUGCUACGUCGCAGCAGCCGUUAUGCCUUCCGUUGGGGAACGCGAUUGAUUGGCUGUGCUUCACUUAGUAAGAAAAACUAGUACUGUACUUUUGGACAUGUGUUGUCAAGGUCACACUGCUGAGUGACCUCUACAAUGUUUUAGCCGUCACUUGUUGUUUGUUUGUAUCUCGUUUUUUAAUAUACAUUUAAAGACUCGUAUAUUACUGCAGAUAAUUGCUGGCCGGCCGUAACGAGGCGACCGGAUCCGAACUAUUAACUUAACCUAACUUUAAUUAACUUAAAUUAAAUCGUUCCAAACAAUAGAAAUACGGUAUAUAAAGUUCAUAUUGUCGACUGUUCUAAAACGAUUUUAGUUCAUUUAUGUUAGGUUAGGUUAAUAGUUAGAAUCCGGCUGCCGUGAGGUAGCCUGCCAUUUAUUAGCUACAAUACAUAAAAUAUUAUUUUCUACUGAAUAUAUCGAAUUCACAAUUUUUAAGAAAGCGUUAAUACGUUCACCGAAAUAGUAUCUUCGUUUAAAUAAGCAUUCAAAUAAAUAAUGCCUAAAAUGACAAUAACUCAUAAUGAGGGAUAGUUCUUCAGAUAUCUCUCCACAAUCUUUGUACAUUUUGAGUAUGAGGUCUAUUUUCAGGAUCCAUAAAAUCACGUACAUAGUUUACCGUCUUAUAUUCUAAGUCUUUAAAUGUAUACUCAAUAUCGAAAACAUACGUUCAACUCAUUAGAAUUUAGUUAAUAACUUCUUAACAAAUAACGAGCGACGACUGAAACCUUGUGGAGGUCACUCGGAUAACCUUGACAACAUAUGUCAACAUCUAGGUCAUCGGAAGUGGGUCCCCUAAACGCAUUCCACAUUUCCUCGCGUGUAAGCCGGAACCAUCAUAAAGUAGUAUAUGGAGACAUAACACCAAUGGUCGAUUCCAUGGAAAGUGACCCCAAAAUUGGGACCCACGAUCUCAAAUUUUCGCUAAUCCGACGAUACUAGCGCUGCUUGUGGAAAAUGAGAGAACUCCAAUCCCACAUGACUAAAACAUCUCAUACCGAUGUAAAUGAUCUACGAUGCUUUUAAUUUUCUAAUUAAGGUGAGGCCAAACCCUUCAAGAACCAGUUGAAAUGUAACAUUAAUAGGCCAGGUACGAGGAAAGAUCAGUGCCAUGCAGUCCCGUUUAGACGGGAAGCUGGUUUUGCUGUACACCUUACUGGUCUUACAGGUCCUUAUCGUCGUGAUAUAUGUGGCAACUACACCACCAUCCGAACUGGGCACACCAACCUCCCGAAGCCCUGUCAGCUUUGUCAAGUUCCAAGUAUCCCAGGUUAAAUCAAAGCAGCAGAGUACUCGCAAACCAUCUCGUAACUACAAGACAAUCAAUGGAGAGACGUUGUUGAAAGACUCGACUACAUCCGAGCUUUUUGUGAGACACAAUCAUACUCUGUGUUUUCGAGAAGGGACUGCCAAUCAGAGAGCAAGAAGUUUCCAAUUCAGUGAUAAAUUAGAGAAGUGCGUUUGUAAGCAAGGUUGGCAUGGCUCAGACUGUGGCCAGCCCGAGGUGGUAUGGCGAGCCAUCAUGGCUUCGAAGCAGACCAUUAAGUUAAGGCUCCGCAGGAUGCCAAGGCGCCUCAUUCACAUGUUCUCAGUGGAUAACCAUGAUGUAGCUAUAGCCGAGGCUACGGUUGAGGAAUUGUACAGCGUAGUGGAUCUCUUUGUGAUAUGUGAUUUUAGUCAAGCCGAAGACAACUUCAGGCACCGAUUAAACAAGGGUUUGCUAAAGCGGGAGCAGGACAAGAUAUUGUACGUAGAUGUAAGCGAAGAAGCUCGAAGGCCAUCGAGGGUCAUAUCGAGGCACAUUUGGGAUUCUAUUAAUGCGGUAGUGAGGAAUUUGAGAGAGGACGAUGUCUACGUGACAACUGACGCCGAACAGGUACUGAACAAGCGAGCUCUUAUGUUCCUGAAGCUAUACGACGGAUGGCCCCAACCUAUAGGUUUUCGACUUAGAUGGUCAGUCUAUGGGUUUUUUUGGCAGCACCCAUUAAAAACGUUAAUCACUGUGGGAGCCUGUACCAUAAGUCUGACACACCGGGCCUAUCUCUCCGAUUCGUUACUCCUGCCAAAAGAAUUGGGUGGCGAGGCCAGUGACAGAGAUGUGUUGGGCUUGGUAAUUGGAGACUUAAACCACUACGGUGGAUGGUACUGUUUUCUAUGCCGGGGCUCUGCUCAUAUUCUGACCUAUAUCAGGCGCAAGACUGAAUCGAACGAGAUGCACUUUCAAAGGAAUAUCGACAUUCCCUUUGUGGAAGAUCUUAUUGGCACCGGCACCUGGCUCGAUGGCAAGACUAGUCUACUCAGGCCGUACAAGUCCCAGGACCAGUAUUAUGCCCCAGAAGCAGUUCUUAAUAACUCAUGGAAGUAUGAUUGGCUACUUGAGAACUUUUAUGCCAAGCUCGACUACUACUGAACUCAUUUGGGGUACUUCCUGCUGUGAUAUUAAUUCAUAUUCUCACUACGCAACACUUAUGGUACAUAUUAUAUACAUUGAAUUUACAGGCGUGCGUGCGCGCACUUGAUUGAUACCCUCAUUAAAUCAUGGACGUUGGAUCAUAUUUGUAUGGGUAUACAACAUAUAAACGAAUUUAUAACCUUA